GUUGUUGGUCAGAAUCAGACAAGAGUGAAACAACAGUAAACAUCAAAAUAUUUACGCGGCAUUCAUUUCGCAGUUUCGCGCAUCGAUUGGUUUCCGCAAAAUAAAAAUGUCCAGACCGCAGAAAAGUGGUUCGGACUGGGAAAAGUUGGCCCGGGAAAUGGAAGACGAUGGCCCGGAAGAGGAAGAAAUUGAUACCCUGGAGGCGCUCACGGAAAAAAUGAGAAACACCCCCAAAGGAAUGUUCGUCAGUGGCUGGGAGGAUCCGAACGAUCUGGUCGAGGAGGACAAAACCCCGGAAGCUUCUCUGGAAAGACUGGCGCUGUGGGCAGCUGGUGAGAAUAAGCUGGAAAUUUUGGAAGACGUUCUAGCUAAGAAGCCUUCGGUAGUGCAUUCGGUUGAUCCGGACGGCUAUACUCCGCUUCAUAAAGCAUGCUAUAAUAAUAACCGGGAGAUGGCUGAGCUGCUGCUUCGGCACGGUGCUGAUCCGAAUGCCAAAACAGAGCUGGGUUGGACUCCACUGCACUCGGCCUGCAAAUGGAACAAUGCGGAAUGUGCUGCCCUAAUGUUGCAACAUGGAGCUAACAUUAACGAGGUGUCCCAGGGAGAUCAAACGCCACUUCACAUCACCUCAACUGUGUCCAACUGCCGAUCGACGCUGGUCACUUUACUCAUGAACGACAACAUCAAACCGGAUAUGGUCAAUAAUUCCGGUGAAACGGCGGCUACAAUCGCGAAACGAACCGGACUUUCCUAUCCGAUGUUUGAAAUGGCACAUUCGUCACUGAGCGUGGAAACUGGAAUUAUCGAUUAAGUUAAUCUCAACAUUAGGGAAUAGGGAUUAGAGUUGAUUAUGUGAGUCACGUGACGUGACUCGUGAAAUUGCACUUCGUCGUCCUAAUUUUAGGAAAGAGAAGUAAGUUCAGAUGAGCUCCGAAGUCCGAUCGCAGCUCAUGUAAGUUAUCUUUUUUUUGCUUGGAGUGGAGACUGGUGUCUGCACUGUUAUAAUGAUAAAUUUGCUAAGUUACGUAACGUGCCUCGCAGAAUAAAACCCAGUAUAGACCUUGUGGAGUAGUAUAACUAAAGUUAAUUUAAAGGUUUUUCAAAUACACAUUGUA